GCGCGCUCGGACGUGUGCAGAAGAUUUUUCGUGACCGGUCGGGGAAAAAGUUUCGGUUAAUUUCGCUGCUAAAAUCAAUCUGUGCUGAAAUCUGUCAAGUGUUCUCCUGAAAUCAGAAACAAAUAAGGGGUGAAUUUUAUAAGAGGUGUGAGCGCACUUUACCUGGAUGAUCGAGAGCGACCGAUUUAAAGCAGAACGGCCUGGCUUGAACUAGUUUCCAAUUGAUGAGCAGCUGGAGUUGCCGAGCAUUGGAGCUGAAAAUCCUGGCCAGGGAAAAGUGGUUCAAUAAAAGAGGCUAGACCGAAGACACAGAAAACCAUUUAAAAGUGCGGCGAAGCGUUCGGAAGGGAAAACCGAGCAUAAAUUUGCAAAUAAAAACGAAGUGUGGCCACAACAACAGAUCGAAUUUGAAGCGUGUUAGAGAAAAAGCUCAUUCAUAUGCAAUUAUAUAAUCGGAGCGGUGCAAAAAAUUCGUUGAAAAGGAAAUUGAAAAUGUGCAAAAGGUAGAUAAACCCUGAUGAAGAAAAGCUCAAAGUAAAAAAGGGAAAAGUGAGAUUCAUGAUUGAAUAACAGGGGCUUAAUUCGUGUUCGACUUAUCGGCAUCUUUUCAAGUCCAUGGUGCCACCACCGGAAGCGAUUUUGAAGCCCAGUGAAUGUCGACAUUUAGUGCCAGUGUCAGUGAAGUGGAUAAACGCGUUUAGUUCGCACUAUUAAUAAGAUCCGAAAUCCUGCUUCUGCGCAAGCAGGUGACAAUCAGUGGCCAAAGAUGAAGAUGUGGCUGAAAGUGUUGCCGAUUUUUGUGUUGAUUGUGGGGCGGAUACGGGCUCAGGAUGAUUCACUUGCCGGGAGUUUUUUGUCGGGACUCCUGGAUUCCAUCACAAGCACCGAAGAUGCCAAGGGUUGUCCCGGCGUAUGUGUCCACACACUGGCAACAUUGAUUUGCUAUGAAGUUCUGGAGGACAUUCCCUGCCCAUCGCCCAGCAUGAGAUGCUGCGUCGAAAGCCAAGCCGCCGCUGCCAACAUUUCCACCACUACGGCGCGACCCAGGCCCACAACCACCACUCGAACGACAACGACCACAACGGAAAAACCCGCUUUGGUUGACAAAUCGAAAGAGAAGGAUAAGGACAGCAAAAAUAACUCGACAUGUCCAGGAGUUUGUGUAGCUGAUAGGAUCGCAGAGUAUUGCGAAGCAUACCUGACCACUCCAGGUCUUUGCAAAAGUGGAACCAAAUGUUGUGUAUCGAGAGACAUAUACCCGGACAAAACACCGGCGGAUUUGUAUGUUCCGACAGCUCAUUUCGACAGUAAGGUUAACAAAACUACCACACCAAAGCCAUACCCGAAGGACAAACCAAGCAAUGAGGAGCCGCUGAAGUCCAAAACUAAUCCAACGCAGAAACCUAAACCGACAACUCCUCCGCCUCAAAAGCUAAAGAUAGCCCAGCCCACCAACUCUCAAGGGAACGUGCAGCACAAAGCCUGCGAUGGCGAAUGUGUCAAUGGCCUGUUUGCACUGUUCUGCGACGAUGUAGACAGCGAAGCAUUUUGUCCAAAUGAAGGAUCCUGUUGCGUGACUGGUACAGUCGAUGAUACUAAGCAUGAAGUAACAACCACCAGGAGGCCACCUACGCCGCCUCCACUGCCUCGAUGCCCAGGAUUCUGUAUGCUUAACAUUAUGGCAGCUUUCUGUGAAAGACCUUCAGUCUUGAUUCAGCACACCUCGAACUGCAAGCGUGGUUCAGUAUGUUGUGAUAACACCAAAGUCCCUGUUACGAGACCUCCACCAAAGAGACCACCGCCAACGACAACUACGACUACACCAGUUCCAACUACGACAGCAGCUCCCGAUCCAAGAGAAGAAUGUCCAGGAUCAUGCAUAGUUAGUUUGUUGAGUUUCACCUGCUUCCGCAAUGCCGAGAUGACCGAUAUUUUCAAAUGUAAGAAGUCAGGUACUCAAUGUUGUGCACCCAAAACACGUAUCCAGGAAGCUCAAAUCGCUUUGGGUAAAAUUAAACCGAACGAUACUGCAGUGUAUCCUCCACCUCCACCCAACGUUCAAAACUAUCCAAUUCAGCCUCAGCCAGGAUCAAUACCUCAACAACAACCACCUCAAGGCUACGGACCACCUGUUCCCAAUACCUAUCCGGGUCCUGUAAACAACAACAUCUACGAACCUCUUCCAACACAACAGCCUCCGCAACCUCAACCAGUUUACGAACCACUUCCAACGACUACACCAAGACCUGUGUACUCGAAAUACGUCUGCGGUGUUAAGGGAACGAGCCGUGCUGCUCGAUCAUUCCUCAGCCGAACCGCUUUGGAAGAUGUAUCGUACAGUCGAAGCCGGAGUGGACGACAGAUCGAACUGGAGGACAUUUACCGAUCCAAGAGCACCGAACGUCUGGUGCUCGGAACAAGCAUUGUACCUAUUCCUAUCAUCUACCACGACCACAACGAUACAGUUCCCGAAGACUUGCUAUAUCACCCGAGCAUAAGCAAGCCCAAUUCAACGACUACCAAGUACUGGAACAGCCACCGGCAAGCCCGAGUCGUUGGAGGCGAAGAUGGCGAAAACGGCGAAUGGUGCUGGCAGGUGGCAUUGAUCAAUUCGCUGAAUCAGUAUCUGUGCGGAGCUGCCCUCAUCGGAACUCAGUGGGUCCUCACGGCAGCACAUUGUGUCACGAACAUUGUACGAUCGGGUGAUGCCAUCUACGUGAGGGUAGGUGAUUAUGAUUUGACUCGCAAGUAUGGCAGCCCUGGUGCUCAGACUCUGAGGGUUGCCACCACCUACAUCCAUCAUAACCACAACAGCCAGACGUUAGAUAACGAUAUCGCGCUGUUGAAGCUGCACGGACAGGCAGAGUUGCGGGACGGAGUUUGCUUGGUCUGUCUCCCGGCACGAGGUGUCAACCAUGCGGCUGGCAAGCGGUGCACCGUAACCGGAUACGGCUACAUGGGUGAAGCGGGACCAAUCCCGUUGAGGGUGCGUGAAGCCGAAAUACCCAUCGUGAGUGAUACCGAGUGUAUCCGGAAGGUGAACGCCGUGACGGAGAAAAUCUUCAUCCUUCCGGCGUCCAGCUUCUGUGCAGGUGGUGAGGAAGGCAACGAUGCCUGCCAAGGGGACGGAGGUGGCCCUCUGGUCUGCCAGGACGAUGGAUUCUACGAACUGGCCGGUCUGGUGUCCUGGGGAUUCGGAUGCGGACGAGUGGACGUGCCGGGUGUUUACGUGAAGGUUUCCUCGUUCAUCGGAUGGAUAAAUCAGAUUAUCAGUGUGAACAACUUAUGAUCAUGAUCAAACAAACUAUCUUCUCUGGUAUUGUAAAUUAUGAUAGUGAUAGGUAGAUUUUAAGCCCUAAAAGUAAGUUAAUUUAUUACUACUCUUUAAGAAGCCACUGAAAAAAAGUACAUUUCCAAGAUUUCACCACUAUUCCUUUUACAAGACUUCUUGAUAGAUUAGAGUUUGUUAAAACCAAAAUAAAAAAAAUCAUCACAUUUUCAUCAUUUUCAUAAUCUGUUUAAACUUUACUCACGAUCAAUCCUAAUAUUUUAUUUGAAGAAAAUAUUAUGUCAACAAUAUGUCGAAGAUUUUUUAUUUACAAAGAGACUGUAAAAUAAAAAAUAAACAGAUCGAA